UGUACCUCGCUCAAAACGCCAACGUUCACUCUUAUCAUCACGAUCCACCAGGCUGAUAUCAAUUUGAAAUUAAUGCCUACUACCAAACACCAUGAACAAUUUUACUUCACUUUCGUCACAUUUCUGGUCGAGGACCACUUAUUCAGAGUGCCUCGCGACACCCUAGAGUCGCAGUCAGACGUCUUUCGCGAUUUGUUUCUACUACCUGUUCAAGCCGACGGAGCUGAGGGUUGCUCAGACACAAAUCCUAUCGUUCUCGAGGGCAUUCAGAGGAAAGAGUUCCAGUCCCUCAUGAAGGUUUUAUAUCCCAUGCCAUUUACCCGUCUAUCACCUUCCCCGGAUGCUACUCUCGAGGAGUGGAUAGGCAUAUUGAAGCUAUCCAAAAUGUGGAGCUUCACCCGCGUUCAUGAAUUCGCCAUUCAACAGAUGGAGCCUAUGCUCGCUAUGAGACCUCUAGACAAAGUUGCUCUUGCUCAAGAUUAUGGGAUCACAGAAUGGCUGGUCUCUGGUCUGCUGCAACUGGCAAGGAGAGAAGAGCCCGUUGGACUCGAAGAUGUACGGAAACUUGGACUGGAUACGGCGUUAAAGCUUGCCGAAAUUCGGGAGAGUUCACAGUCUACCAUGCCUUUGGUUUAUUACAUGCACCACAUGACAGGGGACCGUUCAAAUGUUAUCACUGCGAUUGGUCCUCGAGGAUCUACUUCAUGCGAUUUUACCAAUCGAAUUCGUCAAGUAUUUAAUUUGCAGGAGUGAUUACAAACUCCAAAUUUUAUAUCAUACUUUGGACUACAAGUCGCGAUGCUACUGUUUCCACUUCUGUAUAAUUUAAUUGCAUUUGCCUUACGAUAAGCCCCUGUACAAUACCAUCAGGGACGGGGAGAUGCGUUAUGUAUCAGGUCCUUCAGUAACAGAUCGGCAACGUUUGACUUGUCUCAUGUGGUAACAAAUUUGUAGACUCGUGACCACGCGAUACGGAUGUAAAAGCUCGCCAUCGCAAACUGGAUUGCUC